GGCGGUUGAAGAACGCUGCCCUUAAUCUUAGCUGGGAGAAGAAACAGCGACGGUCAACAUUGCUACCGGUCAACAUGCAACCGAAGGAGUUGCUGCCUGCAGGCGACGAAAUUGUGACUGCGGCCACGAACUUGAAUUGCAAGGCGGCCAUCCUGGAUCUCGCCAACCCGAAGGACUGCCUUGUAUGGACGCCAACCGAUUUCGAUGCUCUGCGCAAAAUGAUGACGAAAUUGUGCGGUAAUAAUUGGAUUCUGAUUGUAUUUGCUCCGCAAAAACAGCACAAGGCCGUCAUGAAGCAACUUUACAACUGGGACGAUGCAGAGGUGCUACUCGGGACUUGGAAGCGUUAUCUCGCGUUCGGAACGGCUAUUAGCAAGUAUGGAAACUGGCAAUUCGAUUAUAAGGACACGAUGGCGGCCGUCCUGCAUGCUGAGGGGGGCGACCUCAGGAAGGUAACGAGGGCUCCUAAAUCGGAGGCAGAGAUAGUGGAGUUGAACGUUGAUGAGGAGCAAUUCAAGAGAUGCAUAGCAAAGCACGGUGGCGAGGAAGGAAACGAACGAGAGGUGUAUGGGCGGUGGGAACGACAUCCUAAACGGUUGCAGAAGUUGUGCAGUUCGUUUCUGCACGAGGACCAGGGGGUGAUUCUUAUUGGAAAGUCGCAUGUCGGACUUGUGUGGGGGUUCCUGCGCGCUGGCCAUCAUGUUUUUGCAUGCGACUCGUCGUUAAAAGACAUUUCAUACUUGACGAAGGUCAUCGAAAUUCUCGGGAAGGAUGCGAGAAACGAAUGCACCGUUGAGCGACAGAAGACUGCGCAUCGUCCUGACAGGGACAUGUACCACAAGCUGGGCAAGAAGAGAAACAAGAUGUGGGAAUAUUUGUUCCAAGGCCAACCCAAGACGCCAUUCGAGCAUGACUACAUAGUUCGCAAAGCGAUGGCACAGGAAGCGUAUAGUGGCUACCAUAAAGCGCAAGUGGGGUCGUUUGCGAUGUUCGUAGCAAGAUGCGAACGAAUGAAGUUCGGAGGAAAUCAGGCAAUGCUGAUGUACGAUGGAUACAGCAAGAUUGCCAAAGAAUAUGAUGCGUGGAAUCCGAUCGAGAGCGAUGAGGAGACUGAAACCUCAGACCUCGAAAUCGAGGAGCGAGUGAAACGUAUGCGAGAGGGAAUGAAAAGCGUGCCUGCAUGCAACGCGCCAAGCCUCCAGGAAGAAGAAGUUCGCACGAAAUCGGCGGGUGCGAGCAGUCCAACGCAUGACGUGACCGACAGGGCGAGUUUCAUUGAACACAUGCAAACGGAUUCACUUACGCCAAUUCAAGCACUUGAGAAUGUACUGAUUCAUGACAAUCGUCAAGGGUUCCGGGAAAAGGCUCAAUCUCGAGGAAACUCGGUCAACGAAAUGCGGCCAGACGAUGACGAGGAUGACUUUGCGGUUCCAAAUGCCCUCCCGAAGCUGAUGCCCGGUGAUAAUAUCCCUGAUAGCAUUGCGCAGGCCAGUGAACAGCCGUACUUCAUUCUAGACAAGGUGCCAGAAAUGACGUUUGACAAGUGGGGGCAUCACAUUUUGUGGCAUAUGGACUUAUUCGAGCCAUGCAUUGUACAGGGGAAGUGGAUGAUGGCAGUCCAUCUAACAAAAGGAUGGAAAGUCAGAGCCAGACUGGAUGGAGCCUCGUGGUUGAAAUUGGCGAAGAGCGAAAUCAUAUUUCGUGUUAGGAAAGAAAAUGACGGAGCGGAUAAAGCAGCUAUUGAGGAAAAGGCUCGAUUGCUAUUCGAAUGUCUUCACUCCAAAAACCGAGUGGAAUAUAAACACGGAUUCUAUGACUUGGAGUCAAGUCGGUCAUACAAGAGUAUCAACUGGAAGAUCGAUCUUCCUCAAGCUGGCCAUGGCGUUGAGACAAUCCGGUUGGGAUGCUCACAGAUUGGGGGGGAGUCGAACACGCAGUUUGCAACGAGUGUUGGGGAAGCGAUGAGUCAGACAACCAGCAAGAUAAUGGAGGCGACCGAGGUUCCACGGAAUGUCGACAAAUUUGAAAUGGAGAGGGUUGCCCUUUGUGGCCCGCAUCCAAUCUCCACCAAGGAAAACUCAGGUUAGGCUAGGCAUGGGUGGAGGCCUCAGAAAAUUCAGCGUCAGGUUGGCUUGAUGUCUUAAAGUCUCAGAGAA